AUGAGCUCCAGUUUCGAUCGCAAUGCCUGCCUCGAUCGCAUCUCGUCGUGCCGGACCUUGUCCGCGGCAAAGCAGAUCCACGCGCAGGUUCUCGCGACGCAUCGCAAGCUCAGAUCGGACACCUAUGUGGCGAAUCUUCUGCUGCAAAUGUAUGGAAAAUGCGGGAGCGUGGACGAUGCCGCCCGCGUGUUUGGGUGGAUCAGCAACAGGGAUAGCUUCUCUUGGGUGCUCAUGCUCUCGGCAUUUGCCCAGAAUGGGCAUCUGGAGAGCGCCAAGCGUCUCUUUGAUGCUAUGCCGCUAUGGACGCUCGCGGCCUGGAAUGCGAUGCUCUCCGCGUAUGCCAGGAAUGGAUUCAUCCAGAGCGCGAAGGGCAUCUUUGACAAGAUGCUGGAGAGGAAUCUCAUAUCGUGGAACGCACUCCUCUCGGCAUUUGCCCUUGCGGGGCAUCUUGGAAGGGCUCAAGAGAUCUUCGACGCUAUGAUCGAGUGGAAUGUGGUGUCGUUAAAUGCCAUGCUGGGAAUCUACUCUCGCAAUAGUCAGCUGGCUCGCGCGAAAUCACUCUUUGACAAGAUGCCGGAGAGGGACGUGAUUUCAUGGACGACCUUGAUCGCGGCAAAUGCCCGGCAUGGACACACCGAAGCAGCCAGAGCUCUGUUUGAUGCCAUGCCGAGAAGGGACCAGUUCUCGUGGAACUCAAUGCUUUCGGGCUACAUUGCAAAUCAUAACCUUGACAAAGCGAAAAACUUUUUUGAUCAUAUGCCCGAGUGGAGCCUUGUGUCGUGGAACACUCUAAUCUCCGGGUAUGCCCAGUCGGGGCAUCCAGAGGAGGCACGAAGCGUGUUUCUGGAAAUGCGCGAGCGGGAUCUAGUGUCUUGGAACGCUCUUCUAGACGCUUAUGCACUGCAUCGAAAGGUGGACGAAGCAAGAUUUGUUUUUGAUACAAUCCCGGAGAGAAAUCUCGUUUCUUGGACGCUAAUGAUCAAUGCAUAUGCCGUGGAAGGGCAUCUGGAGGAGUCUAAGUAUUUGUUCCAGAAGAUGCCCCUGCGCGAUGUGGCAGCGUGGAACGCGAUGCUGUCAGCUUAUGCGAGAAGGGGGCUUCUAAACCACGCUAGAGCUGUGCUUGCCGCGAUGCCUGAGCGCGAUACAAUCUCUUGGAAUGCAAUGCUCAACGCGUACACAAGCAAUUGCCAGUACUUGCAGAGCUUGGAGCUCCUCAAAGUCAUGGAUUUGGAGGCAAUCCAGUGUGAUGAGACCUCUUUUCUAAGCAUUCUUCACGGAUGUAGUCACGCUGGAGAUUUGCGCUCGGGAUGGGCAUGUUUUUGCUCCAUGGGAAUGGAUCGUGCCAUGAAUCCAACCAAGGAAAUCUUCUGCUGCAUGACUGAUCUCCUGGGUCGUGUUGGGCAUCUAGAUAGUGCCACUGACCUUGUGACUAGCAUGCCGUAUGUCCCCGGACUGAUUGAUUGGCAGUCCCUCCUGGUUCGCAAGGGCAGAUUCUUGAAGGAGGCAUUGGACAUUGAUUCAACGAGUGGAGCGCCAUAUAUUCUUGUUUCCAACAUGUGCACAAUUGAAGAUCCCUCUUGA